CCACCAAUGACUUCGUACAACCAUCGCACAGCUUCUGGUUCCGCAUCGCUCGGGACAACGACUGAAUUCGAGAUCUUGAGAGCUUCACACAAGUUCCUGCGUGAAGAUGACGCGGAAAAUCUGGACUGGAACGAGCAGUUGGCGAGGAAAUAUUACUCCAGUCUCUUUCGCGAGUUCGCAUUGUGCGAUUUGAAGCACUACAAGACAGGGAAUUUUGCGCUUCGAUGGCGAACAGAAGGGGAGGUGCUCUCUGGCGCCGGCGAGACUACGUGCGGAAAUUCGCGCUGUCGGCAUCAUGCCCCUCCAGAUCAUGACCCAGACAGUAUUCCCUCGACCUCACUGAAGACCCUCGAGCUCCCUUUUGCAUAUGAGGAACACGGAGAAAUGAAAAGCGCCCUGGUCAAAGUGGUCUUGUGUGACAAAUGUUGCAAGAAGUUGAUGUGGAAGCGAAACAAAGAGAAAGAGGAAAUCAUGAAGUUGGCUUCGUCGUCCUCUUCGAAAGAGGCAGAGCGCGCGAAGGAACGCAAGCCACCACAGGAUCCUUCAGCAAGGGGUGAUUGGGAUGAACGUCCGGUCCAUCGAGAAGAUCAGAUAGGCGACAGAAUCGGGGGAGAGGAGGAAGAGAAAGAGUCAGGUCGACAAUUAUAUCGACAUGGACGACGCUCUCGCUCGCAGUCACCAACAGAGAAAUCUGCCUCACAUCGCUCCCAUCGAAGGCGGUCUCGAUCACCUCGAAGUCGUAAGAUUUAGAAGGGUUUAGCGUUGGUUGUUGAAGUGAAUAUCAGAUGAUGCACACAUCCUUCAUGUGCUCACUACAUGAUAGCAUAGACGACGUCCGCGAACGAUAUCAUGGUCAUUGAUCAUUUUUCGGCUCCCAAGCGCCUUUUUGUUAUAUGUCAAGGCAUCUUAUUACCGUUUGUACGAUAACAAUCGAUAGGAGUAUAUGAUACAGAGAUGAUCUUCAG